UUACGUUUGGCGAUAAAAAUCGACCGUAAAUGUUUCUCCACCCGAGCAAGAUCGUUGAUUUUAUGGCAUUUUCUUGAAAAUUCCGGCUUUGUUGAGGAUUCCGAUGAAUAUAAAUGGCGACGGCGGCAAUGGCUAGUGCCCUCGGUGCGGCAUUAAUUUUGUAUUACGUGUGGAGUCGGAGAUGGUCCCCGAAGGACGAGGAAGAUGAUCGCAGAGGGGACGUCUCGAAAUCAAGUCGUUCGAGUAAGAGAAAAAUCGUUCGGAGACCUGCGCAGGCGCCUGCCACGUGGUUGGAAGCGAUCACCACCCUGUCGGAGACGCUUAGGUUUACGUAUUCGGAAACCCUAGGCAAAUGGCCGAUAGGAGACUUGGCUUUCGGCAUAAACUAUCUCAUGCGACGGCAGGAUAAUAUGCAUGUCGCACGUGUGUAUGCUGGAAGUAAUUCUGUGCAGCUUAAAGGUCCUGAAGUUAUUGUUGAGUUGACUCAUCUUCUCAAAUUGUUGACUCUUUGCAUGCUUUUCUCAAAAAAGCCAUUUCCAGUGUUUUUGGCAUGUGCUGGUUACUCACAAGAAGAUGUGCUUCUUCAAAAACCUAAGGCAGGGCUUCUGAAGCCUGCUUUUACAAUUUUAUGUGAUAGAAGUUCAAAAUGCUUCCUGCUAUUGAUUCGGGGAACCCAUAGCAUUAAGGACACACUAACAGCAGCAACUGGAGCAGUGGUCCCUUUUCACCAUUCACUUUUACAUGAAGGUGGUGUCUGCAAUUUAGUCUUAGGUUAUGCACAUUGUGGUAUGGUUGCUGCAGCUCGUUGGAUUGCGAAGCUUAGUACACCUUGCCUUCUUAAGGCACUUGGUGAUUAUCCCAACUACAAAGUCAAGAUUGUUGGGCAUUCAUUGGGUGGUGGAACUGCUGCACUCUUGACAUAUAUUCUCCGGGAACGUAAAGAGUUCUUUUCAAGCACUUGUGUAACAUUUGGUCCAGCUGCUUGUAUGACUUGGGAUUUAGCAGAAUCAGGGAAGCAUUUCAUUACCACUAUAAUCAAUGGUUCUGAUCUGGUGCCAACAUUCUCAACUGCUUCUGUUGAUGGUCUUCGUUCUGAGGUGCUGCAAUUAAACCUUAUUUAUAUUCUUUUGCAGGUCACAGCUUCAUCUUGGUUUAAUGAUCUGCGGGAUCAAGUUGAGAAAACGAGAUUCCUAAAUGUUGUGUAUUGGUCUGCAUCUGCUCUGGGAUCUCACUUACCAUCUAUAGCUAGUGCAAGAGCAAGGGUUGCAGGUGCAGGUGCACUUCUGCGCCCUGUCUCCAACGGUACUCAGGUAGUGAUGAAACGUGCACAAGAUGUUGCCCAGGCUGUUGUCAGGACCCGCUACUCUCUGUCAUCAUGGGCAUGCAUGGGUGCACGUCACCGUGUUGUAGCUCCAUCAUUAAACUCUAAAGAGGAAGGAGAUGCGCCAGAUGCUCCUCUAUUACCUGAAAAAAGCUCUCAGCGUGUUGUGCCCAAAAGGGUCUUGAGAGAACCAAAGUUGGAUGGGCUGGAUUUUCGUUGCUCGAAGGGGGGAUCAGGGCAUGAAGAGACAUCGGAGGAGGAGCUCCUUCCCGUGGAGUGUGCUGCCAGUACAUCCACUGCUGAAGAGAUGUCAGAAGGGGAGUUGUGGAAUGAGCUGGAAGAGCUUCACAGGCAGGGAAUUGAAGCCAAUGUUAAGGCCCGGGAAGAAGAAGCUGCAGCUGCUAAAGAAAUUACAGAAGAGGAAAAGAAGCUGACUAAUACAGCAGAAAACAAGCAGCCUUCCACAUCAUCGGAUGCUUCAGAAACACACCGCUUCUACCCACCUGGUAGGAUCAUGCAUAUAGUUGCCAUGCAACCAUCUGACACAACUAAUCCAGGCGAUGGUGGCUCGAAUAAAGAACAUGUAGGUAUUUAUGAGACCUCCAGAGAUAUGUACAGUAAACUGCGACUAUCUAGGACUAUGAUAACUGAUCAUUAUAUGCCUAUUUAUAAGAUGAUGAUAGAACAAUUGAUCAGUGAACUGGAAAAUGAUGAAGAAAACAGUACCUGUAUAAAUGUGAAGGAGAAAUAAAGGUAAAG